CUAUGGUCCAUAAAAGUGGCCAUUUUUUUUUGAAAAAAAAAGUGGGAAGGGAAAAAUAGAUGUCAAAUAUUUCAAGGCUACAGUGUGAUGAUUCCAUUUUUUUCCAAACCAACGUGAUAACGUUUUCAACAAAUAAAAUAAAUAACAUAGUAGUGUCCGGGACUAGAGGUUACAAUCCAAUUCGAUGUGUUGUGUUCGUUUCGCCGACUGUAAACAUUCAAAAGUUUGGGGAACCAAGUAAGAAAGGAAGAUGGGAUAUUAUUGCACUGUCCCGCAAUGCACGUCGCUCGCCGGCAAGACGAAAAACGUGAAAUUUCAUCGGUUUCCUCGUGACGUGACUAUGGCAGACAAAUGGAACUUGAUUCUGAAGCGAGGCAAGCCGUAUACGAAGUAUUCAAAAGUUUGCAGUCUUCAUUUCACCCAGGCCGAUUAUAACGUCACAACUAUGGGUAAGAAUAAAGGACAAUGGAAGACAUUAAGCAAAGAUGCCGUGCCCUCCCAGAACCUGCCUAAACUGAACCCUGAUGGUACAGUCAUGGUGAUCAGGAAGAGCCGCACCGUUAAAUACAGGGAAGGCAAGAAGGAUGACAUCCAUGGUGAGAAGACUGACAAAUGGCCAAUGAACCUUGGACCACACAGUGUUCUGCAGACCACAAGUGACCCACACAUGGUCUGUGACCCACAGGACAAUAAUCUAGCAUACCGCUACCCAACACUAAACACAAUGAAUCUAUCACCACAAAUAAAUAAUCCCCAUCCUUCAAUGAAGCCCAAGAAGCAGGACGCCUUCAUGCAAACAGACCCAGUACAAUCUGAAGACGAUGAUUCACAACCGAACAACAGUUACAGCGAGGUUUCAGAGAAGUACCCCGACAUAGACUACCAAACGUACCAAAAAGAACAAGUUUACGAUAAAAAGUAUGAAGCGAAAGAUUACACUAACAAACAAGAUGAUUAUAUACCGCAAACGAACGAGGAAUAUAAUAAAGAAGCCGAGAAAUAUGCUCUCGAAAGGAAGUCCUUGAACGGUUACGAAAAACCCGUGGAGUUCCCGAAACAGGUCGACGGUUAUCCGAAACUCGACGCGUACCCAGGUUUCGAGAAACCAUUUCGUCCCGACUACGGGUUCCAGAACUAUCAGGAUAGCGUUGAGAUUUUGCGGAAUCAACAGCACAAUUUACAAAUGCUACAGGAACAACAUAGGAUCAAUGAAAAUCAGAAUUUUUUUAACGAAAGCCAUAUUAAGCAAGAGGUUGAUAUCAACGUUGAUGAUGACAAAUUCGCAUAUGAAAGGAGUAAGGAACAACUUGACGCUGACAUGUAUACGUCUAGGAGACUGGAACAACAGCGCGCCAUUCUAGAACAGAUACAACAUCAGGUCAAACAGGAACCUGACACUCCUAACGGAUGUGAGAACGUGAUGCAGCCACAGGGCAGUCCCUACUACCCGACAAACAAUCAUAACAACGUCACAGGCGGGUACUACGAGCAGGUCCCGCGGCCGGGCCCGGAGAUGCUCAUCGCCAAACAAAACGCACUCGCCGCGCACACGCAGCUAUGGCAAAACACAAUGAAGCGGCCAUUCUUCUACAGUGAAAGUCCGCACUACAACAGUACCCCGAUCUUACACAGAUACGAGGACAUCUCAAGAAUACUUCAGUGAUGUGACAUUCCAAAGUUUCGCAAAAAAAAAAUAAUUAAAAAUAAUGAAGAAACAAAAAGUAUAUUGUAAAAACGAAUAAUUCUCUUCGCGACGAUAAUCUCUAAUAUCGUUUUAUUUUUUAAAAUAAAUAAUAGGAAUAAUUAUUAUUAUUAUUAUUAAUAUAUAUAUUUUUUAUUAUUUUAAAUUGUAAUUUAUAUUUCUUUUUAGCGCGCGGUCCCUUUGUAGUGAAUAAUUGAUAUAGAUCGUAUAUUUAUUUUUGUUAUUUCAUUUUUUUAUUUUAUUUUAUAUUCGUUGGGGACCAAACGUUAAAUUACUAUGCUACUUGUGAUAUAUAUAUUUGUUUUUAGUAUUAAAUGGGUUAAAAUAUUUUAGAUAUUUGGUUUUAAAAAAAAAACUAAUUUGAUUUCGUGAAAAAAUAGUUUCAACUUUUCGCCUAGGACUAGUUUAAAACUAAUUAUCUUGAUUCCUGUGAUUCCCGAAAGGGAAUGUUGGGAAUUCCUGUUUCCCGGAUUAGGAAUACCAUAUUUCUGUGCACCGUAAUAGAUGGAUACCUUUUUUAGUCACCAGAGGG